AUGUUUAAACUUACUUUCACCAUCAAAACUCGAUCACCUCCAAGGGGAUUCAAAAGAACUAUCGGAAUCACUAUACAAGACGAUGGAUUAUUUGGAACUCUUCACUGUUAUCCUCAAGAACGCUCGGGUGAGAGUGAUAUUGUAAUUGUGUUGGAAAAUGUGUUAUCUAAAGAUACGGAUUCGUCAGAUUUUUUUUUGCAGCGUAAGCUUUUGGAAACAAUGCUUAAAAUUACAAGUCAGACAUGUGUGGUCGAUAUAACUAAUCUUGUUCCUGGUUAUGAAAUGGUUAAAACAAAUAUUCCAAAAAGAAAGGGUUACAAGUUGAACAAGAUUAAAGAAAAAGAUUGGCCUAAAACUCAAUCUCUAUCAGAUACAACAUCAGAACAAAAAGCAUUUGAUCUUGUUUCAACUUCAGAGGAAAUGAUUGAGAAAGCUAAAACAUUAUUUCAUUCUCUUAAUUGGCAAUCUGUUAUUGAUCGACAGAAAGAAAUUGUGUGUUCUCCAAACCCAAUUCGUGAAAAAUCAUCCUCACCCUCCACCCCCAAACAAGAUAUGACUACAUUUAUGGUUCAAGGAACCUCAUCAGUCAUUUCAUACCGUUCCAAAUCAUCCACCCACUCCUCCAACAAAAGUUUACCUUCAACUUCAGGCAAACAGAUGGAAGAAAUUUAUCCAUGGGAAUCAGCAUCCAAUACGAAAUCGAAUGAUGAGAUUUCAAUGUUACGCUUUCUGUUAAAUCAGAAAGAUCAAGAAUUAAAAAAGAAAGAUCAAAAAUUGGAUGAAAAAGAUGAAGAAUUGAGAAAAAAAGAUGAAGAAUUGAGAAACAAAGAUCAAAGAUUGGAAGAAAAAGACGAAGAAUUAAGAAAAAAAGAUGAAUUGAUCGAACUAUUGACGAAAAAAUUUUUAAAAUUAAACGAAUAA